AUGGUGAAAUCAGAGAGGUUAAAAUUCUUUAGGUGUAAACAACCAAAGUUGAGGGUUGAUAAAAAUAAGUGUCUGCAUGAAAGUCUUAUAAAUGGGGAUGUAGAUGCUACCAAAAGAAUCAUUCUUCCCAGUACUUUUAUCGGUGGACCUAGAUAUGCAGGAUAUCCUAGCUAUUUUAUCACCAUGACCUGUAACCCUGAAUGGGACGAGAUAAAAAGAGAAGUGACUCCCAUUGGAUUGAAGGCAGAAGACCGUCCUGAUAUAUUAUGUCGAGUUUUCAAGAUUAAACUUGAUGGUUUGAUUGUUGACCUAAAAGAGGAAAAAAUCUUUGGCAAACUUUUGGGAUACGUUUACCCUGUAGAGUUUCAAAAGAGAGGGCUUCCGCAUGCAUAUAUCCUUUUAUUCAUGAGUAACGACUUCAAGCCACAAAUACCAGAUGACAUAGACAAACAUAUAACAGCUGAGAUUUCUGAUGAAAAUGAAAGGCCAAAUCUACAUGGAGCUUUUCAAAAUUACAUAGUACAUGGUCCAUGUGGUCUGUACAAUAAUUCACCUUGCAUGAAGAAUGGAUCCUGUUCAAAGUUCUAUCCUAAAGAGUUUAGACAGCAAACACUCAUUGAUGAGGCCGGAUUUCCUAAAUAUAGGCGUACUGAUAAUGGUCAAACAGUGAAGAAAAGGGAAUGUGUACUAGACAAUAAGUUCAUUGUUCCAGAUAAUCCAAAAUUGUUGCUCAAGUUCGGGUGCCACAUAAAUGUGGAAUACACAUACCAAACAAGUUCUAUUAAGUAUCUGUUUAAGUAUGUACACAAGGGUAAUGACUGCAUAACAGCUACUCUAUACAAUGCUGGUGAUACGUCAGAAGCCACACAAGUUGUUGACAAAAUUAGGAAUUACUACGAUUGUAGGAAUAUUUCGGCAUAUGAGCAACUUGUGGUUUAUGGUGAAACUUCUAAUAUGAAUGAUAUCGUAGAAAGAGCAAUAUCUCAUAAGUCCAUGUUUUUGGGAUGGAUGGCGGCAAACAUGUCAUAUCCUUAUGCUCGAAGUCUAACUUAUGCUGAGUUUUCAACCAAGUUUGUUUGGAAGGACGAUUCUUCAAAGUGGUUUUCUCGAAAGAAAGGCUUCACAAUUGGAAGGUUGACUCAUGUACCUGCAGACAAGACCUUACAUUCCUAUGGUAAAACCUUGAAAGACUAUCCUCCUAUGCCUUUAGCAACUGAAGUUGAUAGUUCUUUGUUAACCGAAAGGGUUAUUAGGGAAGAGCUAAACUUUAAUAGGGAUGAUUUAAAGAAAAAUGUCUCAGACAUGUUAGCCAUUGCAAUACCUGAGUAG